AUUUAUCAAUGGGUUUGACAUAUUUAUGAACAGUUCUAUUAUUUUUGUCGUAUGUAAUGUUUGAAACAUUAUUUUUGUGCAUAAUUGAAAAUAGUUAGCAAGAUGUCAUUAACGUAACUCCAUAUUAAUUAGUUUAAUAAGGAAACAAUGCAAACGCAAAGAAUGUCUUUCAUACAAAGUUUUUCUAAGCUGUUUCCUAGCAAAUCCAGUUUUAUCAUAUUCAGCCUCUACAUCAUCCUCUUUUGCAAUCACGGAAUACUGGUAACUGCAUCCCAAACAUCUAGUAAUCGGUAUGAGUAUAAUGUAGCUACAGUUGUCUUAUUAACAGAAACAUUGAAGCUCCUCGCAUCAGUUGGUUUAUAUUGUAAAGAUAAUGAACCAAAGAGCCUGGUGAAAGAUGUUGUUAAAAAUAAAACUGUGCUAGCUUUAUAUUUAAUACCGGCAUUCCUAUAUUGCCUUUACAAUAAUUUAUCAUUUGAGAAUUUACUUCGUUUUGAUCCAACAACAUACAAUCUUCUCUUGCAAUUUAGAAUUUUCUUUACUGCUAUACUAUUUCAGGUAUUGUUUAAGAAGACUUUAACGGGGAAACAAUGGCUGUCUUUAGUAAUUUUGACAUUAGGUUGCAUGUUGAAACAAUUGGAUUUUAAUGCUGAGUCUGCUGACUCGAAUGCCAAAAUGUAUGGUUUUAAUCUAUUUAGUUGGAGUACAGUCUUGAUACUAGUCCAAAUGCUGUGCUCGUGUUUCGCCGGUGUAUAUAAUGAAUAUUUAUUGAAAAAUGAUGGUGCGAAUGUAAAUAUUUUCGUGCAAAAUGUCUUUAUGUAUUUAGAUUCGAUUUUCUGCAACAUACUAGUCCUGCUGUUUCACGGGAAUCUCUCGACAGCCUUCCAGUACGAUAAUUUGGCCAAAAUUAUGAAUUUUAAAGUUAUAAUUUUGAUGAUCAAUAAUGCAUCUGUUGGCAUUAUAACUAGUUUCUUCUUGAAACAAUUAAAUAGUAUUCUUAAGACAUUUGCCAGUGCUUUGGAACUAGUUUUCACAGCGAUACUUUGUUACUUUUUGUUCCAUAUACCAAUAGCAUUGAGCACAGUUAUGGCGAUAUGCACUGUAUUAUUUGCCGUUUACCUGUACACUCAGAAUCCGGUCAAAGGACAAGAACAUGAUAAAGAAAGCUUGGAAAUAGAACGAGAAGAACUUUUAAUGGACGAGGUAUUAGUUAAAGAGUAAAUUAUUGUAAAAUCGUUUGAGAGAACGUUUUCCAAAUAUUCAUUUUUGGAAUUUAUUUCUGAGUAUUAAUAUAUACUUGACAAUCUGGUCAUUUAGAAACUA